AUCGUCUCUUCGUUCGCGACUUUCUUGCGACGAACAUGGCUGCACGAUGAAAAUCAAAGCGCUCACCCGCUCGACGAGCUCCAUCCAAACUCCCGGCAGCGAUGUUGCUCGCCAACCUCGAAAUCUCGAUCCCGCAGUGCACCCAUUCGAGCGGGCACGAGAAUACACACGCGCUCUAAAUGCCACGAAACUUGAGCGCAUGUUUGCUGCGCCUUUUGUCGCUCAACUGGGAAGAGGUCAUGUGGACGGAGUAUACUCUCUAGCCAAGGACCCGAAAGCACUCGAGCGGCUCGCAAGUGCCAGUGGCGAUGGUGUCGUAAAAGUCUGGGACCUUCCCACGCAAGCAGAAGUGUGGCAGACACAAGCACACCAGAACCUGGUCAAGGGCAUAUGCUGGACACAAGAUCAAAAGUUAUUGAGUUGUGGGACAGAUCGAUAUGUCAAGCUUUGGGAUCCGUAUAACACUGCAAGCGGCAGCAAACCACUCGCGAUGUGGACAGGGACCAAUGCGUUCUCUUCGUUGACCAUGCACCGGCAUGAGCGCAACUUUGCUGUCGCGGCAUCUGCCACGGUGCAGGUCUUCGAUGUUGAUCAUCCUUCAGAUACACCACUCCAGAGCCACACUUUCACAGGUGCGAUCGACACGAUAACUGAUCUGAAAUUCAAUCAGUCCGAGACUUCGAUUCUAGCAGCAGUAUCGAAUGACAGCUACUUGACAUAUUACGACCUCCGGACAUCCUCCGCACUGCACCGACAGAAGCUUCGUAUGGCUGGUAACAGCAUUGCUUGGAAUCCGAUCGAGCCAUUCAAUAUCGCAGUGGGGAAGGAGGACCAUGACAUCAAUAUCUUCGAUAUGCGGAAUCCUACCAAGGCCCUCAACACACUCAAGGACCAUGUAUCUGCAGUCAUGUGUGUAGAUUGGUCGCCAACUGGACAGGAACUCGUCUCAGCCUCGUACGAUCGAUCUAUUCGAUUAUGGACACCCCUCAAAUCUGGCCGCAGCCGAGAACCAUAUCACACCAAGCGCAUGCAGCGUGUCUUCUCGUGCACCUUCACCGGAGACUCAGCAUACGUCCUUUCUGGAUCAGAUGACGGUAACGUCCGCCUGUGGCGUUCGAAUCCUAGCGAGCGAAAUGGCAUCAAGUCUGCAAGGGAAAGGCAGAAGAUCGAAUAUGACCAGGCACUAAAGGAGAGGUGGAAGCAUAUGCCAGAGAUCAAGAGAAUCGCUAGACACCGACAUUUACCCAAGGUGAUCAAGAAGGCCGGCGAGAUCAAGACUGAAGAAUUGCAGGCGAUCAAGCGACGCGAGGAGAACGAGAGGAAGCACACGCGAGCUGGUCAGAAGAAGAGGAGAAGUGAAAGGGAAAAAGCCGUUGUGGCCGUGGAGCAGUAAUCUCACGAAACCUCUUCUUACGACUUUGAUGUUUACAGCAUGGCGACGGAGUUCCGGAUGAUCAGCAUUCAGAGGUGCGACAUGAUAACGCGACUGGGGAUAGUCGAAUGUAGCAAAAAGUAGUUGUACGUUUACCAUAGCAAUUCUCCAACGAAAGACAUGGUCGAUGGCGAGUCAAGUCGUCCGUCGUCCAAUCAAGUUCAAGGUUCCGGCUCGGAUGUUUCCGCUUCCGUCCAGUUCUUUGCCUCUCUU